GUAUGGAAAGAAGUAGUCGAACUGUAACUCGAAGUGAACACAUGGAUAAACACUCCUACAUGACAAAGCAGACAGGGAGUGAGCGCGCGACUGGAAAAUAGAAACAGCCGAACGUUUUUGGGAGAACAUAGAACUAUUUGGGCUAUAUCUUUUGCAUGCAACGUUGAUGCUGAGUUGCUGUAAACAAUUUCAGUCAACGUUGGUUCAUGUUUAGUUGCUGAAACAUCUACGUUUUUUUUUUUCCGCAAAGUGAACUUUUGAGAGUAUUUUUUCCUGCUGCGAACACAAAUAUAUGUAUUUAUCGAUAGAGCAUCAUUGCAGAAGCUUGAUAACGUUGAAGUGAGAGCACCAGCGGAUGUGAGGAGAGAGUGUUUUGAGAGAAUCAACCCCUUUUUCUUUCAAGCCUUCUGUUUCUUUUUGUUUGGUAAAACAGUAGAGAGAGCGAGAGAGAGAGAGAAAUAGGGAGAGAGAGAGAGAGAUAGAUAGAUAGAUAUAUAGAUAUACAGAGAGAGAGAGAGAGAGUCACAGGCAUUGGCGCUGCUUUCAUGCCGUCAGUCUCGCGGACCCUGAGAUGGACGUGAGAUUUUAUCCAGCACCCCCUUCAAGCGUGGGCUCAUGUACAUUACCAACUGAUUCAAGUUGCCUGACCUCUCUGGACUAUUAUCACUGCAACAAGAGCAGAUACGGUGUAUCAGGCGACCACAGCGUUCGACUCUACAGCUCCCUGCCCAUGCGCCCUAACCCCGACGGGAAGAGACUGCCCUCUGCUGGGUUUGAUGGUGACAACAUGUACAUGAAUGAAAAUAACCAGGAGUUCCUCUCCCCAAAUCAGAGCUAUUCCGGUCAGGGCGGAGGAGGCAAUGGGAACGGCGCAGGGGACGAGGACUACGAGAUUCCCCCCAUCACCCCUCCCAACCACCCCGAGCCCCCCUUGCUCCACCUGAUGGACCCUGAGUCGGGCUACCUGUGCCACUCCCUAGGGGCCCACCACAACGGCCUGCUCAACCCCUACUCCUACCCGGAGCUGCCUGCCCUCAUGAUGUCCAAUAUGCUGGCCCAAGAUGGCCACCUGCUCUCCAGCCAAAUGCCCUCGAUCCAGGAGAUGACUCGCCACGACGGCUCACAUUAUGACCUCAGCCUUCACAACCCCCAUCUGAUAAACAGGUCACCUAGGAUACUGUCCCACCACCCCAUGAGCGCAAUGUCCCAACUGAACUCUCAGGUUGGCCGGAGUGCACUUACCCAUGGUUCUCCCUCACCUCCCGGAAGUAAAUCAGCCACACCCUCUCCCUCGAGCUCUACACAGGAAGAGGAGAUCGAUUCCCACCAUAAGAUCACGGGCGAGAAGCGGCCAUCCUCGGAGAUGAUGAAGCCCAAGCCCAAACCGCAGAAGAAGAAGAAGAAAAAGGACCCCAACGAGCCGAACAAGCCUGUGUCAGCCUACGCCCUCUUCUUCAGGGACACCCAGGCGGCCAUUAAGGGCUCCAACCCCAACGCCACCUUCGGGGACGUGUCCAAGAUAGUGGCCUCCAUGUGGGAUAGCCUGGGGGAGGAGGCAAAACAGGGCUACAAGAGGAAAACAGAGGCUGCCAAGAAGGAGUACCUGAAAGCCCUGGCUGCGUACCGAGCCAGUCUGGUUUCCAAGACCUACAAUGACCCGGUGGAGACAAAAGGUGCCCAGACGAGCCAGCCUUCCUCCCACAUGAUGCCCCCCAAUCCGCCCCUGUACAGUGUGCCACCCCAGCCCUCCUCCCCGUACAGUCUGGGGCCGGGGGGAUUCCCCCUGUCGGACCUGCAGAGCUACGCUGGGGCGCCGCGUCAUGCACUUUCCCGGACCCUCAGCCAGUCCCAGAUGCUGCCCAGCAUUAGUGCCUCUCCCCCCUCCUCUUUCCAGAUCAGCCCACCCCUGCACCAACAGCUCUCCCUGCACCAGAGCUCCCUCCUCAACCAGCCAAUCCGCAUGCAGCACGGCCAGUCCCAGCCAAUCAUCUCCCACCAGAUGGGACUCCAGGCCUCCCUUCACUCACCACCUCCUGGACAGCAGGGAUUCUCCCACCUACAGUCUGAGUACCAGAAAAGUGUGGGUUCCCAGUCCCCGGCGGCCCCCAACCCUGGGGGUAGACAAAGCCACGAUUGGGACAGUGAAUACUGCGAUAGGGAGUGCGGUGGCAACCACUGCAGUGGCAGCAUGAUAGCUAGGGACAAGCCACUCUACCUCACUUGAAGCUGGAGGCCGCCGUCAACAAGAAAAGACACCAGGGAGUCAGCCCUCAACACCCCCCAACCACACACACCACCUCCCCGACCCAUCCCUCGCAACCCACCCACCCUUACCACCACCAAAA